CAACAUUGAAGCUCCUAAUACAGUGUCCAUCUCUCUCCCACCACCUCACGGUGACCUUUGCACCAUUGCGACAGGGCCGCUCGUUCACGAUGUCGCCGCCGCAGCCCGCGCCGACACACGUACAGGCAUGGCGCUUUGCCAUGGCCAUCGCGACCGGUCAGCAUGCCCUUUCAAAGCUGGUCCCGCCCGCGCUGUGGUGUCUGGACGCGGUCCUCUGCGUGCUCGUCCUCUGGAAGGUUCCCUGUAUGUGUCCGACGAUGUCCCCUUUCGCCCUCGUCCACCCGUUACUCCUUGGAUCCCUUUUUCGGCCCGGGCUCUCUCUCUCUCUCUUUCUUGCAUGGGUCGUUGACGAGAGCCUGUGCCAUCGUGUACAAACGUCACGCCAUGCUGACCAUGCACUCCCACCGCCCGCAGACACCGAGAUCGACUGGGUCGCGUACAUGGAGCAAGUCGCCCAGUACGUCGGCGGCGAGCGCGACUACACGCGCAUCGAGGGCGGCACGGGCCCGCUCGUGUACCCGGCGGCGCACGUCUACAUCUACACGGGGCUGUACUACCUGACGGACCGCGGCAAGAGCAUCCUGCUGGCGCAGCAGCUGUUCGCGGUGCUGUACAUGGCGACGCUGGCGGUGGUGAUGCUGAGCUACUGGAAGGCCAAGGUCCCGCCGUACAUCUUCCCGCUCCUCAUCCUGUCGAAGCGCCUGCACAGCGUCUUCAUCCUCCGGUGCUUCAACGACUGCUUCGCCGCCUUGUUCCUGUGGCUGGCCGUCUACUUCUUCCAGCGGCGGCACUGGACGCUCGGCAGCCUGGCGUAUACGUGGGGUCUCGGCAUCAAGAUGUCACUGCUGCUGGUGCUGCCCGCCGUGGCCGUGUUGCUCUUCCUCGGGCGCGGGUUCCGGGGCAGCCUGCGCCUGGCGUGGCUCAUGGCGCAGGUGCAGAUGGCCAUCGCAGUGCCGUUCCUGGCGGGCAAUUGGAGGGGCUACCUGGGGCGGGCGUUUGAGCUGUCGCGGCAGUUCAAGUUUGAGUGGACGGUCAAUUGGCGUAUGCUAGGUGAGGACAUGUUUCUGAGCAAGGGCUUCGCGCUCUCCUUGCUGGCGGGCCACGCGCUCGUCCUCGCCAUCUUCAUCACCACGCGGUGGCUCCGGCCCGCCGACCGGCCGCUGUCUUCCCUGAUCCUAGCGCUCCUCAAGGGCAAGUCCCCGUUCUCGCCAGCCGAGGAGCUGCGCGUGUCGAGCCGCGUCACGCCCGACUAUGUCAUGACGACGAUGCUUUCCGCCAACGUCAUCGGCCUGCUCUUCGCGCGCUCCCUGCACUACCAAUUCUAUGCGUACCUGGCGUGGUCGACGCCGUACCUGCUGUGGAGGGCAGCGCCGCAGCCGCUGCUCGCGAUCCCGCUGUGGCUCGUGCAGGAGUGGGCGUGGAACGUUUUCCCGAGCACGGACGCGAGCUCGACGGCCGUGGUCAAUGUCCUUCUCGUCACCGUCGUGCUGACCUAUUUUGGUGGUUCCGCCAAGGAGGAAGGUGAAGCAGAGGCGAGGAAGCGGGCAUCGACCGAUGCCAAGACCAAGUGAUGUGAAUCAGGACAAGGGUGGUUCACUCCUCGUCGUCGUCUUCGGAGUCGCUGGGCGGCAUCUUGCCGACGUUGGAUUCGUCCUCGGAGUCGGUCAGGUCGUAAGCGUUCUUGGCAAACUCCUUUGGCCUGGUCAUGAAUGGCACACAUGUUCAAUCAGCUCUCUGUGGUCACUCUGACUGGGUUCCAAAGGCACUAUUGUUGGAGGCGGAGGGGAGGCUUGAACGCACCAGUACGGCUGCUGGCGCCAGAGCUUCUCGUCGCGCACAAUGUUGACAAUCUCGCCGUCGGCGCGGGUCUCCUCGGCGCUCUCGCUGUAGCGCUCGGCGACGACGAAGCCCCCGCGCUUGACCCAGAUGGUGUUGCGGAAGCGCUGGGCCAGCUCGAGGAGGACGGGCUUGCGGCUCGGCAGCUCGCAGGCGAAGAGGUUGUUGCCCUCGGGGCGGACGACGCGCACGAGGGACUGGUUGGGCCCGAGAGCGUCGGGCGGGCUCAGGGACGCCUCGGCGGCGGCGAGGAUGUUGCGCUUCGGGCGGCCCAUGUUGUCUGGAAUCUUUCGGGAUUGGGACGGGAGCCAGCCGCGACGCGUGUUUGAGGCAGAGCGCGCGCACGUGCGUUAAUGGGCGUCUAGCGGUGCGGACAGAAUUGGAGACCGAUGUCGUCGGUCAAUUCAAAAACGCAUCUGGAUGAAUUUUUGGUGGAUCACGGGGCUCCAAUGUGCGUGCCGUCGCACGCCCCUCCCACCACCGCGGCGAGCCACUGGCAGGCUCAAGGACGUCCAGUCCAAAUCAGUUUUAGUUCAGGUCCCGCCCGCGAUAGGGUCCCUGGCGGACUUUCCACAUUGGGCGCCACCGGGGGUCCGACUCGAGAUGCUCGUUCCCAUCGCCGCCACCACCACCACCACCUCCGUCACCACCUCCGUUUACCGAACCUGCUGGUGGCCGGCCCCAGCGAGCACUGGCUACAUACAAGCUUUUAUCCGAUCAUGGAAUCAAGCGGGCUCUCCUCCCGCCCCCCUCUCUCCAAUGGCAACCACUCGUGACACACCGUCUUGAUGCGGCGGAGAGGACUGGGUGACUGUCGCCCUGCUGGGCGACAAGGGGAUGGGCCCGACGAUGUCGUGAUGAAGCUUGAUACGUACCUACUGAGGUACCGUAGGUACCGCACCGGCUGCCGGCCUCGCGAUCGGACCAGCAGGGCUUAUCUGUCUGUCUGUCUGUCUGUGCGGCCCGCACUGGGGUGAAGGAAGGGAUGGUGGAGAAGGAAAGGAAGCUUCGUGGCGAUGGAUAACUACUUUUUUUCUCCCAUUCGAGAGAAUUGCUACGUACCUAUUUUUGUACCAAGUACGUUAGUAUUUGCCAGG